AUGUAUUUUACUUAUUUGCAGGCAGUACGAUUUGUACGAGGAUAUAGGAUUCUAAGUAGUUAUUAUUUGUCUUUUAUAGGAACUGAUCCCAAAUCAGUAGUAUGCGCGUUUUUUAAACAGGGACAAUGUACAAAAGGCGAGAAAUGCAAAUUUUCACACGAUUUAAGUAUAGAAAGGAAAGCGGAGAAACGGUCAUUGUAUUGUGAUAUGAGAGAUGAUGAUGACAAGGAAACUGAUACAAUGGAUAAAUGGGAUGAGGAUAAAUUAAAGGAAGUUGUAGAGAAAAAACAUGGAAGUGGCACUCGUCCAACUACAGAUAUUAUUUGUAAGCACUUUCUUGAAGCGGUUGAAAAAGCAAAGUAUGGCUGGUUUUGGGAAUGUCCAUCAGGACAAAAAUGUAUUUACAGACAUGCACUACCUCCUGGUUUUGUUCUUAAAAAGGAUAAGAAGAAAGAAGAUAAAAAAGAUGAAAUUUCAUUAGAAGAUUUAAUUGAGAAAGAACGAGCUAAUUUAGGUCCAAGUCAGACUAAAAUAACAUUAGAGACCUUCUUGGCUUGGAAAAAGAGAAAACUAAAAGAAAAGAAAGAACAGGCAUUGAAAGAUGAGGAAAGAAGACGAAAUGAUUAUAAAGCUGGUCGUCAAGUCGGUAUAUCCGGCAGAGAAAUGUUCUAUUUCAAUCCUGAACUUGCAGCUGGAGAUGGCAUUGACGAUGGAGACGAAGCAAUAUCUAGUUACGUUCGUGAAGAUGAUGAGACUGAAGAAAAAGUCGAAUACAGAGAACUUGAUAUGGAUAGGCUUGCAUUCGAAGCUAGUGAAAUUGAUACUUCUGGAAUAACUGUUGCUCAAGUAGACCGAUUGAAAAAUAAUAUUGAAACGAAUAAUGAAAAUUUGACAGUUACCGUUGGUGAAGGAGCUACUGCACUAGCAAUUAAUGAGAACCUAUUUAAAGAAGAGGAUUUAGAAGGCUUAGAAGAGGAAUUAGAUGAUUUGGAUUUAGAAGAGUGAUUCAAAUAUUUUGUUCAAAUUCUUCCUUUACUCAGUGUCUUCAUUUAUCUGUAUCUUUAAUAUACAUGCAUUGUUAGCAUACUAUA